AUGGAUGACAAGACACAAAGGUUCAACUUGUCUUCGACGCUGGCUGGCUCCACUGCAUCCAAUGUUUCCCUCCUCCCUUCUGAUGACCGGGAUGUAGCCCUGGCCCAAGCGGAGAUCGCCAUCUUGGCUUCCAUCUUCCUGCUAGCCACUCUGAGCAAUGGAUUGGUGCUGGGAGCCUUGUUCCUCCGGGGCCACAGGGCUGCUCCCACCCCAAUGCACCGCUUCAUCCUCCACCUCUGCCUGGCUGACCUGACUGUGGCCCUCUUCCAGGUUCUCCCACAGCUCAUCUGGGACAUUACAGACCGCUUCCAGGGCCCUGACAUCCUGUGCCGUGCCAUCACAUAUCUUCAGGUGGUUGGCAUGUUCGCUUCAUCCUAUGUCAUUGUGGCCAUGACAUACGACCGACACCGAGCCAUUUGCCGGCCCAUGUUGGUUUUCCGGAGGGGACCGGGCAAUUGGUACCGACCAGUGAUGGUGGCCUGGGCUGCUUCCUUCCUCCUUAGCCUUCCUCAGCUCUUCAUUUUCUCCAAAGUAGAACUGCCCAGUGGGGCUCACGAGUGCUGGGCCACCUUUGCUGAACCCUGGGGUGCCCGGGCCUAUGUUACGUGGGUAACCCUGAUGGUCUUCAUCCUGCCCACCGUCUUCAUUGCCACUUGCCAGGCCAUGAUCUUCCGCGAGGUCCACCGCAGCCUUCAUCUGGGGCCAGAAGGAGUGCUGAAGGGCAGGGGAAGUCUGCGUGGGUCUUCCCCCAUAUCGUGUGCUGUGGCCAAGACUCUGAAGAUGACAUUAGUCAUUGUACUGACCUAUGUCUUCUGCUGGGCCCCUUUCUUCCUCGUCCAGCUUUGGUCGGUGUGGGAUCCAGAAGCACCCAUUGAUGGUCCAGCGUUCACCCUCCUGAUGCUGGUUGCCAGCCUCAACAGCUGCACCAACCCCUGGGUCUAUGCUGCCUUCAGCAGCAGCAUCUCAAAUGAACUGUGCCGAAUCUUCUGCCCCAGGCUUGCUCGCCAGCGCAUGGGAUCCUUGCAUGAGGACUCUGUCCUCACAGCUUCCUUCUCUCUGUGA